UUGGCCCUUGACAGUGGUAACCUGGAAAAACUGAGUUUGUAGCAGAGGAACCUCGUUCUUCAACAUCUAGUGUGUGUGACAUGUGGCUUUUUUGCCUGGACAUGCUGAGCUGUGUGGAUUUCCAGCUGGCGCAGAGCGGAGGGAUUUUCCGACGCAGCAUUGCCCUUUUGUCUUAAAUUCGUGCACCCUGAGUCAGCCUCUCGAGCCAGUGGGAUGGUAACCGCAUGACACUCAUGUCCAUCAGAGGACUGCUUUAUUUUAAACUUCACCAAGUUCCAUCCUCCAAAAUGUCUAAUCUUGUUGCUCCUCUGCCAGUUGUAACCUAGCUUUGUCAUGGACAGGAUGGCUCGCACUAUGGAACCACUGGCAAAGAAGAUCUUUAAAGGAGUCUUACUAGCUGAACUUGUGGGCAUUUUUGGAGCAUACUGUUUGUUUAAUAAGAUGAACACAAGUCAAGAUUUCAGGCAAACAAUGAGCAAGAAAUUUCCCUUCAUCUUGGAAGUUUAUUACAAAUCCAUUGAACAGGCUGGAAUGUAUGGAAUCAGACAGCAAGAUCAAGAAAAAUGGUUGAACAGCAAAAAGUAGGGAUUUGACCACUGAUCAAGGUUUUACCCCAUUUCAUAGUAUCAGGCAAGAUUAAAAUUCCAAAGUUGACAUGGAAGGAUUUUAUAUUUAAAGCAAAAUGUAAAUUUUAAUUAAGUCAGAGGUUUUAAUUCUUGGGACUGAAGAAAUUGACGGAAGGUAUGUUUACUAUGUUAUAGAUGAAAUUUUGUUUAUAAUACUCAAAAUAAAGUGAUUCUCCUUAAAAA